AUGAAUAUCACUGCUGCGAACAACAACGGAUGGACGCCGCUAAACUCAGCUUCUGAUAGUGGACAUGUCGAGGUAGUCAAGCUGCUUCUUGCGAAGGGGGCUGAUGUCAAUGUUGCGAGUAGCAGCGGGUGGACACCGCUAAACGCGGCUGCUAGUAGUGGAUAUGUCGAGGUGGUGAAGCUGCUUCUUGCGAAGGGGGCUGAUGUUAAUGUUGCGAGUAGCGAUGGAUGGACGCCGCUAAACGCGGCUGCUGGUAGUGGUCAUGUCGAGGUGGUCAAUCUGCUUCUUGCGAAGGGGGCUGAUGUCACUGUCACGAGUAAGGACGGAUGGACACCACUAAACACAGCUGCUGAUAGUGGACAUGCUGAGGUGGUCAGACUGCUUCUCGAGAAAGGGGCUAUUGCCACUGUUGCGAGCAAUAACGGAUGGACGCCACUUCACGCAGCCUCUUAUUCUGGGCAUUUUGAAGUUGUGAAAUUACUUCUAGAGAAUGGAUCUCUUGCUGAGGUCAUGGAUGAUCAAGGGCGAUCGCCAUUUUUCUAUGCCUGCACGAGGGGACACAUGGAAGUUGUUGAACAUCUAUCAUCGUCCCGUAACGUUGCGGCAACUACUACAGACCGCUAUGGUGCAACCCCGCUCUUUGCUGCUACAAGAAACGGCCAUGAGAAAGUUGUUGCAUAUCUACUUGCCAUGGGGUGUGACUACGGUAGUUUUGUUGACGGUUUGGAUCGAACUUUACUGUGGUGGGCUUCAAAGAGUGGAAAUGCGCAAGUAAUCGAGGCCGUUCUUCAGCUUACCAAAAGCGAAGGCAUUCAAGUCUGCGACGAGGACUUGGCCGUGGAGCCUAGAGCGACGCCGAUUGGUGAAUCUUCGGCCUGGUGCAAAUGCUGCACUCGAUAUAUGUUGGAAGGUGGCACCCACUAUCAUUGCAUUACUUGCCAAGGUGACGAUGUCGACCUCUGUGGCGAGUGCUUUCAGAUGGGCACCCGGUGUCACGACGCCUCGCAUGUGUUGGUGUUGCGUCAGAAGGGAGCGCGUUAG